GACUAGGGAUACUUGACACAUUCUGUACUCUUUUUAUAUUUUCGUUUCGUUUCUCCCUGCUUAGCUUCGCAUAGUCCCUUAGUUCUGAUUCAGUCUCCUUCUAACCAUGUUCCCCUUUUCGAUUACCCAAUGCUCCCAAUUCAUGUCCCUGUGACGCUCCUAUUGCUGCUUGGGAACGUGAAGGCUCACGCUCAACCUUUUCUUUCCUUUGGCUUUUGUAACUUUUGCCAUCCACUAGUAUCUUUGUUCUUCCUGUUUCAUCCAAUUCCGUUCUUUCUUACAUAACAAUGGCCGAUUCUACGCUUUCCGUUGAUCAACCAACCGUAGAGGUACAGAGUCCACCUUCUGCUCAAUCUCUUGCACAGAUCAGUAGUAUCGUUCGCAAGAAAUUGCAAGGCUAUGUCGGCUUCGCAAACUUGCCUAAUCAAGUCCAUCGCAAAUCCGUAAAGAAAGGUUUCCAAUUCACCUGUAUGGUUGUCGGUGAAUCCGGCCUUGGAAAAUCAACUCUAAUCAACACCUUGUUCAAUACCCAACUAUAUCCUGGUAAAUAUAAUGAUGAGGCGCCUGUAGAGUCGCCCAAGACAGUCGAAAUCAAGUCCAUCACAGCAGAUCUAGAUGAGAACGGUGUAAAGCUCAGGUUGAAUGUGGUCGAUACACCCGGCUUUGGUGACUUUGUCAACAAUGAAGCUAGCUGGAAACCUAUCUUGGACAAUAUUGAAGCUAGAUGCGAUAUGUACCUUGAACAGGAAAACCGUGUCAACCGUCUCAAAAUUGUGGACAACCGUAUUCAUGCUUGCAUUUAUUUCAUUGCUCCCACUGGUCACGCCCUGAAACAAGUUGACAUUGAGUUCAUGCGUCGACUCCACACUCGCGUCAAUUUGAUCCCUGUCAUUGCAAAGUCCGAUACUAUGACCGAAGAGGAAGUGUUCGCGUUCAAAGAGCGUAUAUUGAGUGAUAUCAACUUUCACAACAUACAGAUAUACCAAGCCCCACAAUAUGAGUACGACGAUGCAGAAACCAUUGCUGAGAACAGAGAGAUUGUAUCCAAAAUUCCGUUUGCCAUUGUCGGAUCAGACAAGGAGGUUGAAACUGAAGGGGGUCGUAAAGUCCGCGGUCGUGCCUAUCCCUGGGGAGUUGUGGAAGUUGACAAUGAAGACCAGUGCGAUUUCGUCAAAUUGAGACAAAUGCUCAUUCGAACUCAUAUGGAAGAACUCAAGGAACACACAAACAAUGUCCUGUACGAAAACUACCGUACCGAGAAAUUGACUGCUAUGGGUAUACAACAAGAUCCCACCGUAUUCAAGGAAGUCAACCCAAUGCAAAAGAUGGAAGAAGAGCGCCUCCAGCAUGAACACAAGCUUCAAAAGAUGGAAGGUGAAAUGAGAAUGGUAUUCCAAGCCAAGGUGCAAGAAAAAGAAACUAAGCUCAAGCAGAGCGAGGAAGAACUUUACGCACGACACAGAGAAAUGAAAGAAGCGCUUGAAAAACAGAGAUUGGAUCUUGAAGAAAGGAAAAAGAGAAUGGAAUCUGGUAGACCAAUGACUCCUGAGAAGGCGAAGAAGAAGGGAUUUUCAUUCAACAAGUAGUGAUUGAUUUGACGGCUUUCAUCUUACCUGCCAGUCACAAAAAGUCCAUCCUAAUGCUCUCUUUAAUUUACUUCCCAAAUUUUAUUUUACCCUCCACUUUCUUUUCUUACUCUUAUAUGUAGUUGGUUUGAAAUAUGACAAACACUCUGGAUUCUCACCCAUUCCAGAAUGUCUUUAAACGUUACAAGCCUUUAGAGGUCAGCCUCCGCCCGUAAUUCUGCAAUGUCGUUAUAAAAAGUCUGUGUGAUUAAAAA